UGGGAUUGUGGAGUGAGACAGAAAUGUGUGUCUCCUCCCACAGCUGCCACCUGGGUGGGCUUCAGGUGGGCCUUACCCUCAUCUGUGGGCAGGCAGGAAGUGGUGGGAAGGGUGUUGGCUCCUGGUACCAGCUGGUGUUGUGUGAGGGGCUGCCCUCCUGUGUGCAGGGCAGGCCUGGCUGCAGGUAAAGGGUGUUCAGCUGUUAGAUCUGCAGGUCUGUGGUGUCAAAAAUGCAUCUUUAACAGCUUAUAAGGGUGGGCUGCUGCACGCCUGCGUUGCUGUGGAGGUUUGUAAAGUGUGAGAGAGCUCCUGGCUCUUAAGGCCCAGCAGGUGCUGUGGAUGAGGACUGGAGGCAUUUUGUGGCAUAAGAAGGGGCUGGGGAGCCUCUUCCUAGGGCUGAUGAUGCACUGGGUCUGUGUUUUGAACCCUGUGCCUUGGGUCAGUGAUGCGCCAGGCCUGCAUUCAAGCUGCAGCAGGAGGCAGCGGCUUGGUUUAAGAGCAAGCUGGAUCUAAAUGUCUUUUAUUGCUGCACUGAGCGUUGUGCAUAAAGUGUGCAAAGCUGUAAGGUGGCACCAGGAAGGCACUGCGAGGUGCGUGCCAGCCAAAUGCAUCUGGUUGAGUGCAUGAGGAGCAGGACACUGGCAGUGCCAAGCGGUGCGUGCCAGUUUCCCUUGAGCCAUGCUUUGGCUCUGGCUCUCCUGUUGUUGCAUCACUCUCCCUCGGAAGCAGAGAGCUGCUGGGGUCUCAAAGCUAAUGUUUUGUGGUGGAGAGGUGUCAAAAUUCAUCCCGUUUUUGGCAGCGUUGGCUGUUCAGGGAGAGGCUGCGGAACUGCUGGUCCUGCUGGAUGGACAGGGGAGUUUGUUGAGGAGUUGUGCGAUGGCUCAGCUGCCGACCACAGCUGUGGGUACAACAAGGGAAGGGAGAAUUGCGGUGAUGAUUUGCAUUUCAGGGCUGGAGUCUGUUAAGCGGCUAUUUUUAGCAAACUUAUUUCCUACAACCCAUUUGAGCAUCUAAUAUUUGUGGCUGUCCAGCAGACCUGGCGGCAGUCAGCAGGUCAACAGCUCCUUCCCAGUGGAGCUACGUGGGCUUUGCUUCCCAUGACCAAAAGUGACUGCUGCUUUGAUGAAGCUUUGGGCCUUCGCAUCGAAUGCUCUUUGCAAUUUUGAAAAGAGCAGGUGGAAGAGGGAAGGUGGGAGUCGAUCUUCAAAAACAUUCAAACCCAAGAAGAACAUUCCUGAAGGCUCCCAUCAGUAUGAACUCUUGAAACAUGCGGAAGCAACUCUGGGGAGUGGUAAUCUUCGACAAGCGGUUAUGUUGCCAGAGGGAGAAGACCUUAACGAGUGGAUCGCAGUUAACACGGUGGAUUUCUUUAACCAAAUCAACAUGCUGUAUGGGACCAUCACGGAGUUCUGCACGGAGGCGAGCUGUCCGGUCAUGUCCGCGGGACCAAGGUACGAGUACCACUGGGCGGACGGCACCAACAUAAAGAAGCCGAUCAAGUGCUCAGCUCCCAAGUACAUCGAUUACUUGAUGACGUGGGUGCAGGACCAGCUGGAUGACGAAACGCUCUUCCCUUCCAAGAUCGGUGUCCCUUUUCCCAAGAACUUCAUGUCAGUGGCCAAGACGAUCCUGAAGCGGCUGUUCCGUGUGUACGCCCACAUCUACCACCAGCACUUCGACUCUGUCAUGCGGCUGCAGGAGGAGGCCCACCUCAACACCUCCUUCAAGCACUUUAUCUUCUUCGUGCAGGAAUUCAACUUGAUCGACAGGCGGGAGCUGGCUCCUCUGCAGGAACUGAUCGAGAAGCUGGGCUCCAAGGACAGAUAAGCUUUCCCCAGGAGGACCCUUUCGGCUGCUCCUUUCCGCUUUGUACGCCAGCCACUUCUGCGCUUUGCCUUCAGCAACACAAGCCCUGAGAUGCCAGCGAGCGCUCCAAGUGGCGUUGGUCUCCAAGGCCAAGCGUCGCUUCUGCUGUGUGGCAGCUGCAGCCCGCACUGUUUCAGAAGCUGCUGGCGCGCUGUGACUCCCCCGUGGUGCCCACUUGGUUUUCUAGGCCACGUGCUCGAGUCUGGCAGGAGCCGUGGUCUGGCUGAGGAUGGGACUCGGACUCGGAGCAGGUUUCGUUCAAGUGCCACAUGGCUGCUUUCUCCUCCCGGAGGCAGAGUUUUCCUCUGGGCCCACGGACACAGCCCAGUCUACGUGGGAAUGCUUCCCUGGGGCGGGGCAGAGAGGCGCAGCCGAUUUUCAGAAGUGCUUUUUUCAGAUGAGGUGCACUGAGAGCCUUAAGCUCCCCUCGGGCAGCAGCGUUGUCAGGGGAGGACAAAAAGUGCCUGGGCUGGAGGGGGCAAUGGGCUGGCGUUCCCGGUGCGGGGGCCGAGGGAGGGACCCUGCUGUGUGGCAAGGCAAUAAUAAAGUUUCUCCUUCCUGUUCUUUCA